ACAGAUCAAACCCUCUCUUAACCGUGGUCGGGGAGGGAAGAGAUCUGAUUUGUGUCCCUCAUAAGUCUUGGAGAAAAUAAUGCUACAAAAGCAGAAGCACCUUGCAACUCUGUUUUUUUUAGAAAAAUCAUUAUGUUUAAGGAAAGGCAAUCUGGUAGGCACUCCGACAGGGGGCUUUUCAUUGCUAGACGACUCCGCUUGCAAACUCAGGCAGACCCAUGCUGGGUUAGGCGCGGCUGGUUUGAGAAAGUGCGGAGGGUGUGACUUUCUUUCUUUUUAAUUGGCCGUUUUUAAAAGCAAGGAAAAUGGGGGCAAUUCUGGUGUUGCAAUAAGAGUUUUCCACCUCCAGAGCCAGGGAGAUGUAACAUCUGCCUGCUGUUAUUUAAUUGCAAUGUUAAUUAUUCACAGUGUAUCAUAGCAGUGAUUCAGAACUUGCCUGUUUUUUUCUUGGGGCCGGAGGUGAAAUUGCAUCGCUGCGUUUGAACAGCCCGAUAUGAUUUCUCCAAGAGUUCGAUAUUUGAUAUUCUUUCAGUAUUUUGGGACCAAAUAUAGUGGCGUGAUGGAAGUGUCCUCUGACCAGCCGGUGCUUGGGGUACAGAAUUAUUUGGAGAAGGCAGCCGACACGCUCAAACCUUCUGCCCGCAGCAAAUUCGUCAUCUCCAGCCGCACUGACUCUCGGGUCCAUGCCCUCUGCAACGCCGCCCACAUUGACAUAGAGAGGUCGAAUGGGCAGCCACCAUUCGCAGAGAGGAUCCUUGUCGAGGCGCUCAACCGCCCUCUGAAGCGUGAGGCCAUCCGCAUCUUGGGUGCCCGCCGCGUCCCCAGCUCCUUCCACGCCCGCUUCUCGGCCCGGUCGAGGACGUACGUGUACCGGGUGGCGACCGGCUGCUCUUGCCCUUUUGAGCUGCCUGUCUUCGAGCGCAACCUCUGCUGGGCGACGUAUCGAGGCCAUUUGAACCUGCCGGCCAUGCAGGAGGCAGCGGCGUUUCUGCUGGGCACCCACGACUUCAGCACUUUCCGCUCGGCCUCUUCGGAAAUCCCCGAGCGGAGGCCGGUGAGGACCGUUGCGCGGGCAGAAAUCAGGCCUGCUUCUGGCUUCCUCUCGCAUCACAGCAAGAACAAGUCAGUACUGAGGCUCUUCUCUCUGGCCAGUGAGCUGAGAUUUUGGGAGCUGGAGUUCACGGGCCCGUCUUUUCUCUACAAACAGGUGCGGCGCAUGGCCGGCGUCCUGGUGGCUGUUGGCCAGAACCGGCUACAACCUCGCCAUGUGGAGGAGCUCCUACAGACCAGGGACCUGAUGGCUUACCCCCAGAACACCAUUGCGCCGCCAGACGGCCUCUUCCUCAAGGAGGUGGAGUACUGCGAAGCCGACUUGGAGACUGCAACAACAGAAGCAAAACGGCAGCCUCUUUGAAUGCCCCAUGGCUUCCGACAGGACUCUGGAGCAGAGCUGGGCAGGGGAUAAGCUCACCACUUUUCUGCCAUGUGAGCGUAUUGUCAAUAAACCUCUUUACCCCCACCUA